UAACUGCUAAUCUCACUCUGCACGGCGGCAUCGGCCCUCUCCACAACGACCUGUGAAGAUCAACUAUCCGAAACUACACCAACUAAACGCGGAAGACCAUGCCUCGGGUGUACAUCGGGCGACUGAGCUAUAAUGUCCGCGAAAAAGACAUCCAGCGAUUUUUCAGCGGAUAUGGGAAACUCAACGAAGUCGAUCUAAAGAACGGCUAUGGAUUCGUGGAGUUUGAAGAUAACCGGGACGCCGACGAUGCCGUGUAUGAGCUGAACGGGAAGGAGCUGUGCGGGGAGCGGGUGAUCGUCGAACAUGCCCGCGGGCCGCGGCGAGACCGAGAUGGCCAGGGUGGGGGUUACGGCGGCGGCGAUAGAGGUGGUCGCGGCGGAGGCGAUCGCGGAGGGGAUCGCGAUGGUGGCCGCAGCAGUGGUGGUUACAGCAGCCGGACCCACACUGGCAGGGAGAAGUAUGGACCCCCAGUCCGUACUGAGUACCGUCUCGUCGUUGAGAACUUGUCAAGCCGCUGCAGUUGGCAAGACCUAAAGGACUUUAUGCGCCAGGCGGGGGAAGUUACCUAUGCAGACGCCCACAAAGAGCGCACCAAUGAGGGAGUGAUCGAGUUCCGCUCUCAAUCGGACAUGAAGAGGGCACUGGACAAGCUGGACGGAACAGACAUCAACGGGCGGAAGAUUCGUCUUGUGGAGGAACGACCCCGUAAACGAAGAUCCUGCUCUGGCAGUCGCUCCAGAUCUCGCAGUCGCCGCCGCUCCCGUAGUAGGAGCCGCAGGAGCAGGAGUCGCUCCAGGAGUCGCUCCAGAUCCCACUCAAGAUCUCGUUCCCCUGUCAACAAGAGGAAUCAAUCCGACUCCAGAACUGGAAGGAAGUCUCGCUCCAAGUCAGGAGAAAGAAAAUCUCAUUCUCGCAAUCGCAGGUCACACUCUCGUUCCCGCAAAUCCAAAUCUCAUUCACGCUCCCACUCACCUGACCGGAAAUCCAAGUCUCGUUCUAAGAGCCGUUCCAAGAGCCGUUCCAAGGCAAAGUCGGAGCGUGAUUCUCGCAGUCGCUCAAAGGAGAUGGCCGUUGACAAGAAGUCCCGCAGUCGAUCAGCUUCCCCAGUAGAGAACGGGAAGGAGGAGCGUGCUGCAAAAUCUGCCUCCCGCUCCCCAUCCCCCCGGGAGGAUGACCGCCGAUCCAAGUCUAUGGAGAAGCGCUCAGUCUCCCGCUCAAAGUCCCGUUCAAGAUCUCGCUCACGAUCUAGAUCAGCUUCUCAGGAUUAGUGGGAUGGGAGAUGGGGGAAUUCAUCUUAAUGUUGAGCUACAUCCCUGUGCUGUACAUAACGAGCAGUGUUGUCAUACAGGCUUAUGCUCUCUGACUUGUCUACUUUUCUCCUGCAAGUGUGCACUUGUCUUUAAUACGUUUUAGAUGCAGUUUUAUUAGAGGAUGCACCCAAGUGACCAGGCUACCUUUUCGGGACAAACUUGAGUAUCUGAAUCAUCUGCCUCCCCAGAUUUAUUUUCAGAUAAUGAACUGCUAGUAUAUAGUCUUAAGAUCUGCAACUUGAGGUAGUUUAAGUCGCUUUGUCUCAAACAUCUCACCCUGUUACAACAGUCUUAUAUUUGUGAAGCUGUAAUAGCUUAGCAAACAAAGUUUUCUUUAAUGGACUUAAAUCAUCUCAGUUUGCCACAGAUCUUAGCUAAAAAUACAUCAAUCAUCAGGCUUUGUUUGAUGCAAUCUUUGUUUCAUACACUCAACUGCCUGGUUGUGGGAGAAAAGUAGCAUAUGGCCACAGCAUUGGAGAAAGUUCUGUUUUGAUCUGCCUUCUCUAAAUUGCUCUCCAAAAAAAUCUUUGUUGUCUUGCGGGACUUUAAAAUGCUCAACUGAAUGCAAGAACUUGUAACUUCAUAUUUGCAGGAAAAUUAUAAGGGUUUGAAUUUCACGUUUGAACAGCUUGUGUUGUAGGUGGAUUGUUAUGACCUCUUUUUAACCUCUUGUACAUAGAUCUUGCAUCAAACAGAUAUAUUCCUUUUUUGUAACCAAGACCAGGUAGUCUGUGGAAGACCACUUUGUUUUACUUAAUGGUUUUCAGUUUGGCAAGUUUCAAGGUGUCAAAUGCAGCGUCACAUUUUUCUUGGCUUUCCUCAGUUUUGAUUACAGCCUUGACGAAUUAGUUUUAAUUUGUUUAGUUUAUCUUCAGGCGUUCUUUGGGGUUAAGGGUUUUGUUCAGCCUCUGCUUAUUUAAAGUGUACAGCUACUGCUGGAUUGUUUUUGUACUGGAAAGGUACAUCUAUACUAAUCUCUGAAAGGUCAGCUUUAUAUCAGAGCGAACAUCGUCAGAUGUUUUCAGACAUGAACUCCGGGGAAUGUCCGCACGAGGGUCCACCCUUCAGAGUUAACCUUUCGCACAGAACAACGCAGCAGAUGCUCCGCUCAGAGCAUUAACAACUGCUGCGAGAAUCACGCGUUUCUGACUGACACCUGGUUCUGUCCUCGUCACUAUAAGCUCUAGAUAUCGUCGAUAGUGUGAUAUUCUCCCCCCCCCCUCCAGAGUAUGGCCUGCUAUUUUCUCACAUGGAAUAAUUUGGACUUUCUCAGGAGUUUUUACUAGGGUUGGCUGAUAAAAGUCUGGAGCCUGUCACUUGUACUUUUGUGUUAACUUACCGUUCAGUGCAUGUAUGAAAGCAGCUUUGCAGAAUGCUGCCCCCCCUCUCCAGGAUGUGGAAUAGAUUUGUAUUUUUCUCCAUGCAAAUGAGAUCUAACAGAAAAUGUCCUUUUUUUAUUGUAUGUUCAAUUAAAGAUCUUAAUGAAAAAAAAA